UUGCGGGUCCAAUUGCUGGUGGUAUCUGUUGCACAGGUUGUUGUGCUCCUCUUGGAGCUGGUGCCGCUGCUUGUAUACCAUUAUGUGUGGCAACACUUGGUGGCAUGCCACCAUGCACAUUUUGUGCAGCCAUGUUUCUUGCACCAACACCAUAA